GGACCCGGACCGCAAACAAGAGUGUUGUCGUCGGUGCUGUGAUCCCUGCGGAAAGAAAAGAAAAUGAACGGGACGCGCAGCUGGUGUACUACGGUGGACGUGCACCCGGAGGGGCAAAUUGAGGGCAGCGUGGACAUUCUCAGACUGACUCUCCAGAGUGAACUGACAGGAGAGGAACUUGAACACAUAGCCCAGAAGGCUGGCAGGAAGACCUAUGCCAUGGUGUCCGGCUACUCAACUGGUCAUUCUCUGGCCUCAGAACUGGUAGAGUCCAACGAUGGACAUGAGGAAAUCAUUAAGGUGUACUUGAAGGGGAGGUCUGGAGAUAAGAUGAUCCAUGAGAAGAAUAUUCAUCAACUGAAGAGUGAGGUCCAGUAUAUCCAGGAGGCCAGGAACUGCCUGCAGAAGCUUCGGGAAGACAUAAGUAGCAAGCUCGAUAGAGAUCCAGGAGAUUCUUUUCAUCAACAGGAGAUACAGGUGGUGCUGGAAAAGCCAAAUGGCUUUAGUCAAAGUCCUACAGGCCCGUAUGACCACCCACCUGAGGUGGACACCUAUAUGAAUGAAGAUGCCGAGAGCUUGAGGAAGACCGUACUAGACUUGCUCACCAAACUGAAGGAGGCUGAGUGGAAGCACCAGUCAGAUCGUGUGGCUUUUGAGGUGACACUCAGUCGCUACCAAAGAGAAGCAGAGCAGAGUCACACGGCCCUCCAGAGAGCAGAGGCCAGAGUGGAGCAGAAAGAGGUGGACAUUGGAGAGCUACAGAGGCGCUUGCUAGGGAUGGAGACGGAACAUCAGGCCUUACUGGUGAAGGUCAGGGAAGGGGAGACAGCUCUGGAGGAACUGCGGAGCAAGCACGCUGACUGCCGAGUAGAACAAGAAAAGACUGCUAGCCUGGAAAAGGAAGUGGCUGGGUUGCGGGAGAAGAUCCAUCACUUAGAUGACAUGCUUAAGAGCCAGCAGCGGAAAGUUCGGCAAAUGAUAGAGCAGCUCCAGAAUUCAAAAGCUGUGGUCCAGACAAAGGACACCACCAUCCAGGAGCUCAAGGAGAAAAUCGCCUACCUGGAAGCAGAGAACCUGGAGAUGCAUGACCGCAUGGAACACCUGAUAGAAAAACAGAUUAGUCACGGCAACUUUAGCACGCAGACCCGGGCUAAGACGGAGAACCUGGGCAGCGUGAGGAUAUCAAAGCCCCCCAGCCCCAAGCCCCUGCCUCUCAUCCGAGUGGUGGAAACAUGAGUGGAAGGACGCCGCCUCUGUUGCUGCCUCUCGCCUGUGGAGAAGCCCACCACCCCCUAGGCUGAUAGCACUGACUCUGACUUCCUGACUGUUCCCUGGCUGCUGGGGCUCAGGCAUCCUACCCCUUCCAAUUCCUGUGCUCUGUGAGCCGGGUGGAUGGAGCUGAGUCCUUCUGUGGACACCAGAAGGACAUUAUCCUGCCAGCAGGAGCCAGGGCAGGGUCCUUCUUCCUGUAGUUACUACUUUCCUGUAGCAGGGGCUCCCUUCUGUUACAGACUGAAGUUCAACUGCCUCAGAAGCCAGGCCCCACGCCUGGGCGGGAGAGGUGGCAAGAUUUGCCUCAGAAGCUGGCAAGCUGGCAGCACAAAUGUCCACAGCGACUGGAGAGUGUCCUGGGGGGAUGAAGUUCCUUCUGCAAACACAGCUCAGUUCUUAGCAACAAACUGUUUAUUUUUCUACUUGCUCCACCCUCCACCCCUGCUGGCUUGGGCCUCCCACUGAGAGACAAUGGGGCUACCUGUCAUGGCCUGGUCAGAGCCAGUGAACCUCAACUUUGACUGGAUGGCCUUGUCUUUGGUAGGUGGGAACGUGCAUUCAGGGAGUAGCUUUUAGCAGAAAGAUGCUGUAGGGCCACGGACAGUUACGCGUGACUUCCCUCUGCUGUGAAGACUCCCAGAAUCUCUUAGGGUUCGCCCUAAGUCACAGUACAAGUACACCUCAGUCUUCCUGACUCAGAGCCUAAAAACUGUUUUCACUGGGUAACAUUAAUCUCAGCGAAACUCACUGUAUUUAUUUUGCUAAGUUAUUGGUGUUUUUGCUUACAUCUCAAAAUCGAUAGCCUGCUCUUGCGGUAUUGGAUUUGUUCAAAACUGGGAAAAGACUGUUCCCACUUUCUCUCUCUUCUCUAUGUGCUUCUUAACCCAAACCUGAUCUGAACCUCAGAAGGCAAGUAUAUUUGCCCUAAGGUAUCAGGGUCUGGGUGUGUAACUUGUUUGGGGGAAGUGGAUAGUCCAGAUUCUUUUGGGGAGGGAUUGAAUUCUUCCCCUGAACCUCUGCUUUAUAAUCAGUUUGUUACCCUGGCUCCGAACAACCGGGCACUCAGCAUGUUUUCCUUAGGGCUCUUCCUGAAACCGCAAGGAGAUAAGCAUCAGAAUGUGGUACUGUGGGACUCUGGAAGAAUUAGAAGCAAAUGUGGGUUAAGCCUUCAAGGUUGUAGUUGACUCAAAAACCAGAAGCCUUAAGUGUGUAUGUUUGUGUCUGUUGGGACUGCGCUCAUGUUCUGGUUUUGUUCAAGAGGGUUUCUGGUGUUCUUCAUGUAACUUGCUCAUGUGUAAAGUGAGAGGUCAGACCAGAUGAUAUCCAUAGGUCCUUCCAGUUCUGCUAUUUUUUCCAGUGACAUAGUGUUGAUAAGGUGAAUCUAAUAAAUUAUGUUAAUA